AAAAAAAAAACAAAAACGAAGAAAAAACGCGUUUUGCGAAGACAAUACUGUUGUGUUGUUGAGUCUCUGAGUCUUGUUCCUCCGUCUUCUCCAUCAUUUUCUAUCGUCUUUUCCCCCCCUCAACACCACACAAAAUCAAAAUUAGGGUUUUUCAGAAACGGGUAACAAGGUUGGUUUUGGGUCUCACAGUUCGAUUCAAUUUUCUUCCACUGUGAGAUGUUUUCUUCUUCUUUUUCUCACAGCAGUUCAGCGAUCAAAUGGAAUUCCCUCACACAAUUUCUCUUCCUUGUUUUCUUCCUCUUCUCCGCGUCGCGAAACGACGCCGUUUCGCCCUUUUCGGACAAAUCCGCGCUCCUCCGCCUUAAAGCCUCGUUCUCCAACCCCGCCGGCGUUCUCUCCACGUGGACCUCCGCCACCGCCACCUCUGACUCCGGCCACUGCUCCUUCUCCGGCGUCCUCUGCGACGCGAACUCCCGAGUCGUCGCCGUCAACGUCACCGGCGCCGGCGGCAACAACCGAACAUCUCCCCCGUGCUCAAAUUUCUCCCAAUUCCCUCUCUACGGCUUCGGAAUUCGGCGAACCUGUUCCGGUAGCAAAGGUUCUCUCUUCGGAAACGCUUCUUCUCUGAGCUUCAUCGCCGAGCUCACGGAGCUUAGGGUUUUGUCGCUCCCCUUCAAUGCGUUGGAGGGUGAAAUCCCCGAAGCGAUUUGGGGCAUGGAGAACCUCGAGGUUCUCGACUUAGAAGGGAAUUUGAUAAGUGGCUGUCUUCCUUUCAGAAUCAAUGGCUUGAAGAAUUUAAGGGUUUUGAAUCUCGCGUUUAAUAGGAUUGUUGGGGAUAUACCUAGUUCAAUUGGGUCUCUUGAGAGAUUGGAGGUUUUGAAUUUGGCUGGUAAUGAAUUGAAUGGUUCUGUUCCCGGUUUUGUAGGGAGGCUUAGAGGGGUGUAUCUGUCUUUUAAUCAGUUAAGUGGGAUUAUUCCAAGAGAGAUUGGGGAGAAUUGUGGGAACCUUGAGCAUUUGGAUUUGUCUGCGAAUUCGAUUGUUCGAGCGAUUCCAAGGAGUUUGGGGAAUUGUGGGAGGUUGAGGACGCUUUUGUUGUAUUCCAAUUUGUUGAAAGAGGGUAUUCCGGGUGAGCUUGGGAGACUUAAGAGCCUUGAGGUGUUGGAUGUUUCCAGGAACACUCUCAGCGGCUCUGUGCCGCGGGAGCUUGGGAAUUGCUUGGAGUUGAGAGUGCUUGUGCUGUCGAAUCUAUUCGAUCCACGUGGGGAUGUUGAUGCUGGUGAUUUGGAGAAAUUGGGGUCUGUGAAUGAUCAGUUGAAUUAUUUUGAAGGGGCAAUGCCUGUGGAGGUUUUGUCGCUUCCCAAGUUGAGGAUAUUGUGGGCUCCCAUGGUGAAUUUGGAAGGUGGUUUACAGGGAAGUUGGGGCGGUUGUGAGAGCUUGGAGAUGGUGAAUUUGGCUCAGAAUUUUUUCAGUGGGGAGUUUCCAAACCAGCUUGGUGUUUGCAAGAAGCUGCAUUUUGUUGAUUUAAGCUCUAACAAUCUUACAGGGGAGCUUUCUGAGGAACUCCGAGUUCCCUGUAUGAGUGUGUUUGAUGUUAGUGGGAACAUGUUAUCUGGUUCAGUUCCUGAUUUCUCCAACAAUGUUUGUCCCCCUGUUCCUUCCUGGAAUGGAAAUCUGUUUGCAGAUGGCAAUGCUUCCCCGCGGUAUGCAUCCUUUUUUAUGUCAAAGGUUCGUGAGAGAUCACUUUUCACGUCAAUGGGGGGAGUUGGCACUUCUGUUGUUCACAACUUUGGGCAAAACAGCUUUACUGACAUUCACUCGUUGCCAGUAGCACAUGACAGGCUGGGAAAGAAGUGCGGUUACACAUUUCUUGUUGGUGAAAAUAAUCUUACAGGACCUUUUCCUACUUUUUUAUUUGAGAAAUGUGAUGAAUUAGAUGCAUUGCUUUUAAAUGUCAGUUAUAAUAGGAUAUCUGGUCAGAUUCCUUCCAAUUUUGGUGGAAUAUGCAGAUCAUUGAAAUUUUUGGAUGCGUCUGGAAAUGAACUUGCAGGAACGAUUCCCCUUGAUGUAGGGAAUUUGGUCUCUCUUGUAUUUCUGAACCUCAGUAGGAAUCAGUUACAAGGCCAGAUUCCCACCAACCUUGGCCAGAUGAAGAAUCUGAAGUUUCUUUCUUUGGCUGGUAAUAAGUUGAAUGGCUCAAUUCCUAUCAGCCUGGGGCAGUUGUACUCUUUAGAAGUCUUGGACCUUUCUUCAAACUCUCUUACUGGUGAGAUUCCAAAGGCUAUUGAAAACAUGAGAAAUCUGACAGAUGUUUUGCUCAAUAACAACAAUCUUUCUGGUCACAUUCCUAAUGGUUUGGCACAUGUCACUACACUCUCCGCAUUCAAUGUGUCUUUCAACAACUUAUCUGGAUCCUUGCCUUCAAAUAGUGGCUUGAUUAAAUGCAGAAGUGCUGUUGGGAAUCCGUUUCUAAGUCCCUGCCGUGGAGUUUCGCUGACCGUGCCAUCAGGGCAACUAGGGCCACUUGAUGCAACAGCACCAGCUACUACAGGCAAGAAGAGUGGGAAUGGCUUCAGUUCUAUUGAAAUAGCAUCUAUAACUUCUGCUUCAGCCAUUGUUUUGGUCCUUAUAGCCCUGAUUGUUCUAUUCUUUUACACUCGGAAGUGGAAGCCAAGGUCCAGGGUUAUUAGUUCUAUAAGAAAAGAAGUUACAGUGUUCACUGAUAUUGGGUUCCCAUUGACGUUUGAAACUGUAGUCCAAGCCACAGGAAACUUCAAUGCAGGUAACUGUAUUGGGAAUGGAGGUUUUGGCACAACAUACAAGGCAGAGAUAUCACCAGGAAUCCUGGUGGCAGUCAAACGACUUGCAGUUGGACGUUUCCAAGGUGUCCAACAAUUCCAUGCUGAGAUCAAGACCCUUGGGAGGCUUCAUCAUCCAAAUCUUGUCACUCUGAUUGGUUAUCAUGCUUGUGAAACAGAGAUGUUUCUCAUAUACAAUUUUUUAUCAGGUGGUAAUCUCGAAAAGUUUAUCCAGGAGAGGUCCACAAGGGAUGUGGAGUGGAAAAUUCUUCACAAGAUCGCAUUAGACAUAGCCCGUGCACUCGCCUAUCUGCAUGAUACGUGUGUUCCCCGCGUUCUUCACCGCGAUGUCAAGCCCAGCAACAUCUUGUUGGAUGAUGAUUUCAAUGCUUAUCUAUCUGACUUUGGGUUGGCUAGACUUCUGGGGACUUCAGAGACACAUGCUACCACUGGUGUAGCCGGAACAUUCGGCUAUGUUGCACCUGAAUAUGCCAUGACGUGCCGUGUUUCUGAUAAGGCUGAUGUGUACAGCUACGGUGUGGUGCUUCUGGAGUUGCUCUCAGACAAGAAGGCAUUGGAUCCUUCGUUUUCUUCUUAUAGAAAUGGUUUCAACAUAGUGGCAUGGGCAUGCAUGCUACUGAAGCAAGGAAGGGCAAAGGAGUUCUUCACUGCUGGGUUGUGGGAAGCAGGACCUGGAGAUGAUUUGGUAGAAGUGCUUCACUUAGCAGUUGUGUGUACUGUUGACAUUCUCUCUACCAGACCUACAAUGAAACAGGUUGUAAGAAGGCUUAAGCAACUUCAACCCCUAACAUGCUAGCCCCUUGUGUGUGUGGCUGUGUUCCUUUAACAUUAUUAAUCUUAGAAAUAUUCCCUUUGGAAUUUGUAAUCUGUAAUUUAGCAUUUUUUGUGGAUUUAGGUUGAGUUCCCAAUUUGUACUUAUUCCCCCCGUGUACAUUUUUAUAUAGUUGUGUCCCCAAUUUUCCAUGCUCUUGACUAGGUAUAUUUAGGUUUGGGGGCUUGGUGUUGAUUCUGCAGAAGAAUGCAGAUAUUUGAUUUCCCCUUCAUACACGUGCAUUCCAUGUCUAUUUGUUCAAUAAAAUUGAAGAAUAGAAUAUGUAUUUUGAAAGGAAAAACAUUGGUGCAGUUCUGCUAAAUUUGAGUAAAUGUCUUGAGUAUAAUGUAAGUGAUAGGGAGUCUGGUGUUGAUUCUGCAGAAUUGCAGAUUA